UCUCACCUUUAGGUUUAUUCCUUUUUUUUUUUUUUCAGGCUUCAACAUUAUUUUUGCUUUGCUCUUUUGACUGUGUUAUUGUGACGUUUCAGUUUAAAUAUUUCUCCUGGUGCAGAAAAUGUAAAAUGUAGUAGUCUUUCAUGCAAUUUGUUAUAAAAGCCUGGAGGUGGCAGUGUUUUCUAAGUGAUAAUUUAAGGUUGCAGUUUGUGGUAGUUGCUGAAAUGUGUAAUGUUUGUGAAUACUACUAAAAAGUCAAAGGACCCAACAGAUAGAUAAUGUGGCGUUCUUGUCCAUAAAAUCACUGAACUAGGAAGAGGCUGCUUCAACUUUUAUGAUGCAUUUUAAUAGAAAGCUAGAAAUAGUGGCAUUUCUUGAAGAUAGGACAGCUGAAGUUUUGAACUUGGCUUUUUAUUAGAAAGAAAAGUGGCAAAUUAAAUUCAUACUAGGUGUUUACUUCAGAAACACGACAAAACAUCCAGCCAGGCCAUGUCUUAAUAUUAGGCCUUGGCAGUGGGUAGAUUAUUGAUAUUUAAAUUUAGAUAAAAAUAUAACUUAAUUUAGAAAUAACCGUUUUUCUAUAGUAAACCUAAUGUAUGUUGUUGUUUAAAAAAAAAAAAAUCCAGACUCUACAAAAAGCUAGAAGAAAGAAAUCAAAAAGAAAAAUCACUUUAAUGCUGUCUGAAUAGAAUAAUUGUUAACAUUUUGGCAGAAAUGGAAAAUUUAUUUUGCCAAAACUGACCCAAGAAGAAAUAGAAGACAUCAGUUGUCUUAAGAAUGAUUGAAUUGGUCUUUCAAAAAGUCUACCAAAUAAGCAAAUAAGCAAGAAAACAGAUCUAGACAAUUUUCAGAUAAGGUAUUCUAAACUAUCUUCCAGCAAAGAGAAGGAGAGAGAGAAAGAAAUCUCCCCAAUUCGUCUAAUGAGUCUAGUAUAACCUGGGUACCCAAACCAGAUAAGGACGGUACAAAAAAGGAAAGCUAUAGGCUAAUUUUAUUUGUGAACAUAUAUGCAUAAAUUCUAAAUGAAAUAUUAACAAACUAAAUUCAUCAAUGUAUUUUAAAUCAUGGCUUAAUUGAAUAAAGGGAUGUAAUUAUAUAUGUAACAAGUUUUAACCCUUUCAUGAUUAAGGUUACCUCUAGGGACCAAAUACGUUUUCUGCCUCUGAAGGUUUACUCGGAAGCUGCUGCACCGCUGACAGUGCGUGCUGCCACAAGGCAGGGGCCUUUACGUUGUUUGAAACUGAAGAAACAGGCGUGUGUCGGAAGUUACUGUUUUAAUAUGAGAUGUCUGGAUUUUGGGAUGUGAUCUUCGUGGUGGGAAGCUAAGUUUUUAAACUAUCCCAAUGGAUGCAGACAGUGAUGUUGCUUUGGACAUUUUAAUUACAAAUGUAGUCUGUGUUUUUAGAACAAGAUGCCAUUUGAACUUAAGGAAGAUUGCUUUGGAGGGAGCAAAUGUAAUUUAUAAGCGUGAUGUUGGAAAAGUAUUAAUGAAGCUUAGAAAACCUAGAAUUACAGCUACAAUUUGGUCCUCAGGAAAAAUUAUUUGCACUGGAGCAACAAGUGAAGAAGAAGCUAAAUUUGGUGCCAGACGUCUAGCCCGCAGUCUGCAGAAACUAGGUUUUCAGGUAAUAUUUACAGAUUUUAAAGUUGUGAACGUUUUGGCAGUGUGUAACAUGCCAUUUGAAAUCCGUUUGCCAGAAUUCACAAAGAACAAUAGACCUCAUGCCAGUUAUGAACCUGAACUUCAUCCUGCAGUGUGCUAUCGAAUAAAAUCCCUAAGAGCUACAUUACAGAUUUUUUCAACAGGAAGUAUCACAGUAACAGGGCCCAAUGUAAAGGCUGUUGCUACUGCUGUGGAACAGAUUUACCCAUUUGUGUUUGAAAGCAGGAAAGAAAUUUUAUAAUUCAUCACUUAAUUGGUUAGAAUCCCUAACCGAGCACCUUUUAAAACCUGCUGCACAUUGGACUCAAAAGGAAAACUGGACCAACAGUAACUGAGGAAAUAGACUCUUUUAUUCAUUCAUGGCUGCAGUGUAAGCUUCAGUCCCUUUGGAUUUUAUUUCAAACCUUGCUGUAAUAUAAAAAGGAAGUUUACAAGACAUGACAUUGCUGCUUUUACAAAAGGACAUUCUAUUUAUUUUCGCAGUAAUUCUCAUGUCCCCAUAAGCAGAGCUGUCACAGUGUGCACUACCUUAAAUUGUUUUAUUUUGUCAUUGUUAUUUUUUUUCCAGUUUGAGCUAAUGCGUUUUAUUUGUGAAUAGUCUUUUACAUUUUUGUAUGCUGAACAUGGGCACCAAAGAACCUGUAAAAGUUAUCUUUUUCAAUUGAACAUGCACAAAUAAAAGUUUGGAAAUGAUCUCUCUUCAUAUCCAUUCUAGAACUUUCAUUCCCCAUUUUCUAUUUUAACAAAGAUUGUAUUCAUAAUUUUUUUUUUUAAACUAUGCAAGCUUAGACUUUUGCUAAAGUGUGUUGGCUUCUUUUUGAAGUGUAUUUUGUAUAUAUGUAUAUAUGCCAUCUGUGUAGUAUCUCUUUAAUGCUCUGUUACCAAAUAUCAAAUAAGAAUUUGUUUCUUGCAGAUUAGAAAUGCAAACAUGUAUAUAAAGUUGAGGGAACCGGAGUAGAACUUUAUAGGUAAAGCAUAAUGUUUUAUGUUGCUAAUUUAAUAUGAUAGAAAAUGUUAAAUAACUUUUGAAAGUUAAGAAAAUUGUAGUUUUUAAUAAGAAAAACCUUCUACCCACAAGACGGAUAUGAGGAAGAAACUGAUGGGUUGUACCUCAUAUGUACCUUUGUUAUUCUGGAAAGACUCAACUAUAGUUAUAGGAAAGUGACUGAGGUUCUUGACUCAUUAAACUUUGGUUAGUGCUCAAGGCUAUAUUAAGAGUCUUGUCAGAAGCUGAUAACAUUGUGCUGUUCUAACAAGAAGUGCCCACAAGCUGCCUCUGUGCCACGGUAUAAUUAUAAUAUAGUUCGACUUGAACUUGAAAGCCAUUUUGCGAGAUGUCUUUCCCCUUGCUGUGUCUUAUUUAAUGGAACUAAAGAGUGACUAUUCAGUACAGUAUAAAAAGUGGGAUUACUACUCUUAAUGUUAUAGUAAAUAUGCAUUUGUGAAGCAGUUUCUUUCUGGCUCAUCCAUGAGCCUGGAAUGGUAGUACACGCUCAAGCUGCAGCUGCGCUCCGUCAUAGUAAAACCAACAGUGAUUUUACCUGGAAAUAAGGCUGAGUGGAGAGUUGAAUUAGCUUCUCAGUAGAAACUUAAUAGAGACAAUACUCUAACAUAACCUUCCACCAAAACCUGAAUUACCAAAAUGUUUUGAAACCUUUGCGAAAAAUUAUAACAUCUUAACCUCCAUAUUUAGUGUAGUUUCCUUACCUUAUUAUAAAAUCUUGAAAAUUUAGUUUAAGCAUUGCACUGAACAAUACAUAUUAUUUUAUGUUUAUUUUUUAUCUUCUCAUUGCCUUCCCCGCCCCUGCCUCUUACGUCCUCAAAAGUGGGAAUCAAAGGCAGACUUUUAUUUUCUUUCUUUUAAAAGACUUGUGAUUUUUCAGACUUUAAUUGUCUUUCUCUUUUUUCCCAUUGCGUUUAUUUAUCUUACUUUAAAAUCCAGUAGGAUAGCUAAUCUCAUAUAAUACAGAGAAUAGAAUUAGAUGGAAAAGUUACAGAUUCUGGACUGGCUGUUUUAAAAAUCUGUUAUUAUCCACUCAAUUCUAAUCAACAGUAGCAAGUGAACUCCUGCUUUGCAGCAUUCACUCAAAAAAAAAAGAGGAAAGAGAAAAUAAAGCAUUGUAUUUCUGAGGUCCAUACCUAGAUGUUUUAACAUUUUCAGUAUUCGAGUGACUUGAAACUGGGUAGUAUCUCAUCAAAAUGCUUUAUCUGAAAAGAGAGGACAAACAGUCUGACCAGGUUCAGUUUCAGGGCGGCUGAGUGAGCAUCACCUGGCAGAGUGUCCCUGGGUAAGCUACUAGAUCUAACAAAGGUGGUAAGAAGUGAUCGAGUGUGAUGUCUUUUGCUGGCUUUCCACAAGUGCUGUAAAUUUUUUUAUAAAUAAAAAAUGUGAAUAUAUACAUACAAAUCAUAAGGAUUCCCCCUUUUUAUUUUUGAAAACCUAAAAGCUCUGAUUUAGGAGGGUAUUGGGUGAAAACAUCAGUUUGAAGACAGAAUUUGUUUAGUUACAGACUCAGAAAAAUUUAAGAACAUUUAAGAUACUAAAGUUGAAAUCACUGGGAACAAACCAAUUAUGUUUACAAUUUCCUGCCCAUUUACAUUCAUUAAUGAAUGGCUAAAUCAAGAAAUAGCUAAAAUAUAUAUAGCAUUUGAACUUCAAAGGAAACAUCUAAUUUGUUAAAUAUCUUAAAAUCUGUGAUGCUAGGCAAAGAAAAAAAUUUGAUUACGUCUUGAUUUUUUUUUUAAUCUCAGCAUAUAAUUCUACUGAAGAUUGAUGAUAAAUCUCUUUAAUUGACCUCUAUAGAACAGUUUCCCUUCUCCUACCAAAACAAACAAAAACAGUGCAUCCUCUAACUUGCAUAUGAAAUGUACCGUGAUAGAAUUAUUUAAGAUCUCAAACUUCCUUUAUGCAUAAUUUCCUCUGCCAAUUUUAAUUAAGAUAGUCCAUUUCAAAACCAGAACUUUUAGUCAGUCUUCUGAGACUCAGAUAAUACAGUUUCACUGUUGCUUACAUAGAUUUGUAAUAUUUCUACUUUGUUACCAUGGAAUGUAGUGGAUCAUAUACCUUUAUAUCAAACUGGGACAGUUUGUUCCUUAUUACCAAUAAGGAAAAGUCCAAGCCAAAUAAAAGUCUUCCUCUUUUUCUUUAAAGGUUUUUGGCUCAUAAGAUUGAUUCUUUUUUCUUCAGGUUAAUCGCUCAUGCUUUAAAUUUUUUUGUGUGUCUUCCAUAGCUCAUAAUAUUAGUAAUUUAAUGGGUUACUGCUUAAGUGGUUUGAGACUCUUCAUUGUGGAUUGUCUUAUCAUCAUAACCAAGUUCUGUUGGUAAAAUACUUUGCCAAGUCUUAAAAUUCAACCGGAGAAAUACAGAAGAUAGUAAUCCAUUGUUGUGAAAAUGAAAACCUAAGUUUCUGGUAUGGUUUGUGGUCUCUAUGUUUCACUACAGAGAACAGUAGUGAGGGGAUUGGCUUGAUGUCUGAAUGUCAUUUAUUAUAUCCGCAGUCAUCUGAGAGGCAACAUCAGUUAUAGCCAGUCUGCCAUAACCUGAGGUAGUGAUAUUCCUGAGGAGUGCUGAUAAUUGCAGGAAACUCUGGAUUGCUAUUAAGUUUUCAUGAAAGCCUUACAAGGAGAGAAUUAUAUAAACUUGAUUUAACUCAAACCUAAUUAGAGAUUUGGAUAAAUAACCUAACAGCCUGACCUCUUUCUAAUGUUUUACUAAUGGCUACUUUUAAAUAAAUAUGGUCCCAUGAUUUUGAAAUUGUUCUAUUCACAUAAGAAAAUAGAUGGGGAAAAAAAUGCUUAUUUUCUCAAUGGUUGCAGAACUAUUUCUUUUAAUAUUUUUUAAUACUAACAUGAAAUUAAUAAAACUAAGAUAUUUUGCAUUAAAUUAUAUUCAUAAUUCUUAAAAUAAGCAGUAUAAUCUUUGUACUUGUUGAAUUAUAACUAGGAAUUAGCACUAAAAUCCUAGCCAGGACCCUAUCCUAAUCUAGAACACUUGUGCAAUUAAAUUGUCCACAUUGUGUCCUGGUUCUUUUUUUUAUAAAAGAUCCGGUGCAAGUAGUGUCUUAGUAGACAGAAAGUGUAAGUGUUCAGACCACUUAGUUAUCUGAAUAAUAAAGCUGUAACUGGCAUCUAUACAUAUCUUAAGGCAAAGGUUGAUCUCAUUACUAGGACAUAGUCUUUCAAAGGCUACUCUGAAAAAAGGUGGGGAGCAUUCAACCAGCCGCUAUAUUUGUACGUGGUAUCCUGCUCAGAAAAAGGAGCCCUGAUGGCGCAGUGGUUAAAGCGUUGGGCUGUUAACAAAAAAGGUUGGAAGCUCAAACCCACCAGCCGUUCUGUGGGAGAAAAGA